AUGGUAGACUGCACGGUCGAACUUCCCAACAUUCCUUAUUUUGGCAUACGGUUAGAUACCUCCGACAUAGUGGGGGGUGUCGGCAGAAAAAGCCACGAUGAAACUGUUCGAGAAAUUUUCCUUAAGGGUUUCACCCACGUGCAACAGACAUCAUCCAGCGACACGCACGUGACACUGGUGGCUCAGUCUGAAGAGACCAAGGAGUGGGUGCACAUCCGAGUUUAUGCAUUGGAGCGGCUGCGCAGGGAUGCAACACUCCGCGACCGCAUUGAGAGGUCCGUUCUUGUGGGCUGCAAGGCUCAGCACCCCUGCAUUGUACGAAUUAUGCAGCCCUUUUUUUCAAGAACAGAUCUUUUUGUCGUUGAGGAGUAUUGUGCAGGAGGUGAGUUGCUUUCUUGGGUGGAAACUCAUUGCCGCGAGGCAGUCACCACCAAGUCAGGAUUUGAACCCCCACUAGGUUUGUCAAUGGGAUUUGUGAAGAGUGUGAUGCGAGACGUGAUGAGUGGGGUGGAUCAUCUCCACACGAGAUGCGGUGUGGCUCAUCGUGGCAUAAAGCUGGAGAGCAUAUUGCUAGACAACUGUAACCGCGCAAAACUCAGCAACUUGGGGGCGUGUGCCGUCAUUUCCACAAAUGAGGGCAAGGAGGUAAAAAAUAACCCACUGAAGGUAUGUUGUGCAUCGCGACACUACGCUGCCCCCGAAGUUGUGAUGGGCCUGCCGUAUGAUGGGAAGUUGGUGGAUGUGUGGGCAUUGGGUGUUUUGCUCUUUGUGCUGUUAACCUGUCGCUUUCCAUUUGAAGAGGAAAGGGAUAACCCCUAUGAGUCUAGUAGUGACACCGCCGUUCGUGAUGGUGGUGAUGAUGAGCUUUUGAUGGAGCGCAUUUGUAAUGCAGACGAGUUGUUGCUGAAGCAUCCUGUUCUAGCACAUGUUUCUGAUCCAUUAGCAACUGACCUGGUACGCAACAUGCUGCGCGUCAACACAAAAACCAGACUGACUGUGAGGGAGGUGCUUGAGCACCCCUUUCUGAGGAUGCCGUAA